AUGGAGAAGAAAGGUAUUAGACCUGACGUUGUUCACCUACACUCCCUGAUAAGCUGCCUUUGUAAUUACGGAAGAUGGGAAGAUGCUGCUGGACUACUGAGUGAUAUGAUUGAGAAGAAAAUCAACCCGGAUGUUGUUACGUUCAAUGCAUUGAUCGAUGGGUUUGUGAAAGAGGGGAAGCUUUUGGAGGCUGAAAAUUCAAAGGAUUGUCUCCCAAACGUUGUGACAUAUACUACUCUGAUAAAUGGAUUUUGCAAGUCUAAGAGGGUAGAGGAUGGCAUGGAACUGUUUCGUGAGAUGUCUCAAAGAGGAUUGGUUGGCAACACAGUCACUUACACACUCUUAUCCAAGGGUUUUUCCAAGCUGGAGAUUGUGAGAGUGCCCAACAAGUUUUCAAACAGAUGGUUUCUGUGGUGUGCCUCCCAGUAUUUGGACAUACAACAUUUUGUUAGAUGGGCUCUGGUUGUGCAAGGCUGGGAAGGUGGAAGAUGCGUGGAAGUUUUUUGUAGCCUCGACCUCAAAGGAGUGAAGCCUGAUGGAUAUCUUAGAGAUGGUGACAAAGCCGCAUCAGCAGAACUCAUCAACGAAAUGAAGAGCUGCGGGUUUGCUGCAGAUGCUUCACCUUUGGCUUGGUCACUCAUAUGUUGUCUGAUGGGAGAUUGA